AGGUGAUUGAAAACCCACACGGACAAAGAUCUGAUAUAUUCAGAAGACGUGGGCGUUUUAUCUCCUCAAGAACACUUUCAUUACCUUCAAUUCCACACACACACACACACACACACAGACACAGUUCCUCUCUUCACACUUCCUCUCUCUAGAAAGAAAAACCCAUUACUGAAAAGAUUCUGGUUUUUCGAUUUCAUCAUCUGGUAUCUCCAAUGGCUACCUGGGUGUUAUCAGAAUGUGGUUUAAGACCACUUCCCAGACUUUAUUCUAAUCCCAGAACACGAAUCUCGAGUUCCGCCUUUCCGAAUUCAAUCAGAAUAGCUCCGUCGUCGUCAAAGAUUUUCCGGCCAAAUUCAUCGGUUUCAAGAGACAGGAGGUGGGCACUGAAGGUGAGUGCGCCGGUGGGUGUCCAAUUUGUAGAAGAAGACGAAAAGAUUAACGUCGGAGAAAGUGAUUUCAACCCCGGAGCACCACCACCCUUCACAUUGGCUGACAUCAGAGCCGCCAUCCCAAAACAUUGCUGGGUGAAGAAUCCAUGGAAGUCGAUGAGUUAUGUGUUAAGAGAUGUGGUGGUGGUUUUUGGGUUGGCGGCGGCGGCGGCUUAUUUUAACAAUAUGGUGGUUUGGCCUCUGUAUUGGGUUGCUCAAGGAACAAUGUUCUGGGCUCUUUUUGUUCUUGGCCAUGAUUGUGGCCAUGGAAGCUUUUCUAAUAAUGCAAAACUCAAUAGUGUAGUUGGUCAUCUUCUUCAUUCUUCAAUUCUUGUACCUUACCAUGGAUGGAGAAUUAGCCAUAGAACUCAUCAUCAAAACCAUGGCCAUGUUGAGAACGAUGAAUCUUGGCAUCCAUUAUCUGAGAAGAUUUAUAGAAGUUUAGAUACGGCAACUCGGAUGUUGAGAUUCACUUUGCCUUUCCCUAUGCUUGCUUACCCUUUCUAUCUGUGGGGUCGAAGUCCAGGAAAGAAAGGGUCUCAUUUUCACCCAGAGAGCGAUUUAUUUCUGCCUAAUGAGAAGAAAGAUGUGAUCACAUCAACCGUUUGUUGGACAGCCAUGGCUGCCCUUCUUGUGGGUUUGUCCUUUGUAAUUGGCCCACUUCAAGUACUUAAACUCUAUGGCAUCCCCUAUUUGGGAUUUGUGAUGUGGCUUGAUUUAGUAACCUACUUGCAUCACCAUGGCCAUGAAGACAAGCUCCCAUGGUACCGUGGCAAGGAAUGGAGUUACCUAAGAGGAGGGCUAACAACACUCGAUCGUGACUAUGGAUGGAUCAAUAACAUCCAUCAUGACAUAGGAACCCAUGUCAUACAUCAUCUUUUCCCUCAAAUCCCACACUAUAACUUAAUAGAGGCAACCGAAGCUGCAAAACCAGUGCUUGGGAAAUAUUACAGGGAGCCAAAGAAAUCAUCGCCAAUUCCAUUCCAUUUGCUUGGAGUUGUUGCAAAUAGUAUGAAAAAAGAUCAUUACGUGAGUGAUGAAGGGGAUGUUGUAUACUAUCAAACUGACCCCAAGCUUUGAACCAAUCUCUUUGUAUAAUUACAUUCAUAUCCCCAUAAAUUUGUUGAGGGUUAUUUAUUAUGUUAAUAUUUUGUAACACAUGUAAGCUAAAAAGUACGUUUGCUUUUAUAGAGGAAAAGGAAUAUUGUUGUCCACAUACAUCUCUAUCUUAAAGGACCAUUAUUAUCUAUCCUUGGAUACAAAUGAAUCUAUACAUGAUAAGUGGAC